GAACUUCUUUGUACUGAAAAUACCCAGAUUUAAAGAACACAAUGAAAUCUUCAAACGGAAGUAUGAUUGUGUAUAUACAGGGAAUGUAAAACGAAACUAAGGUCUAAACGGAAAGAUAAAAAUGGGAAACACACAAGAUCACACAGCUAUGUUAACUACUAACAAACCGACACAGGAACCUUACCCACCAGUCAGCACUCCAAGUAGUACACAAGGCCAACGACACAGACCGAGACACCAAGGUUCUAGACAAAGUAGGCAGAGAUUUGUGCAGAUCGGAAAUAUAGCUCUCAGUGUUAUAAAAGGGAACAUAAUACACCAAACGACUGACGUAUUAGUCAAUAGCGCAGUACCAGAUUUAAAUCUUAGUAAAGGAAGAGCAUCCAAAGCUUUAUUAGAAGCUGCUGGAGAUAGCAUACAAUCGGAAUGCACGGACCAGUAUCCGUCUGGUAUCAACAGCAAAACAGUGGCAAUAACUGGUCCCGGCAAUCUUCAUUGUAAGGCCAUAUUUCAUGUGACAUUACCAAGAUGGCAAGCUCAGGGAGACGAAAAGAACAUAGAUCUCGUUGUACGUAACUGCCUGGUGGAAGCGAACAAACAGAAACUAACAUCGAUGUCUUUUCCUGCACUUGGAACAGGAUUCCUGAAAUACCCACCAAGGACUGUAAUUUCUUCAAUGUUCAAAACUGUGGAAGAUUUUGCAAAAACGAAUCCCAAUUCAACAGUCAAGGUUGUGAACUGUAUCGUUUUUUCUGGGGACAGUGAUACUUUUAAGGAGUUUCUAGAAGAAGCAAAGUCAAAGGCAACUAGCAAAGGUCUACAGGAAAAAGACAUGGUAACCCGAAAUUCUCUGGAUGCUAACAUUGGCACUAUCAGUGUUAACAUUGCAGUAGGAUCUAUCAUAACUGAACGAGCAGACGUAAUUGUGAAUAGUUGUCCCUCUGAUAUGAAACUUGAUGCAAGACCAGGAUUAGCAAAGGCUAUGUAUGAAGCUGCAGGAAGUGGAUUACAGGCUGAAAUAGACCAAACAUAUCCCAAUGGUAUAAAAAUUGGGGACCUUGCUGUGACUGGCGGUCAUUCACUACAUUGUAAAAAGCUCUAUCACGGAUGUAUGACAUCUUUCUAUGCAAAGAAGGAAAGUGGAAUGCUUCCAGAGAAGGUUCUACAAAGUUUUGUAACAAAAUGUCUAGUCGAAGCUAAAAAGAAUUCAGUCCAAAGCAUAGUAUUUCCGGCGCUAGGAACAGGCUUUCUGAAGUUUCCACCCAAAACUGCUGCUACUAAUGUAAUAAAGGCAAUUAGAGAAUUCGAGACGAACAAUUCGCCAUCAACCCUUAAAACGAUUAAAAUUGUUAUUUUUGGUGGAACAAACGAUUGGAGCUCAGUUGAACAGGCAUACACAUCAGAAGUGACUUCAACAGGCAAAGGAGCUACUGCAAGUGUAGCUCAAGCACCAUCCCAAACACCAAAACGUGGUACAAGAGCUUACCUUGGUCAUAAAUAUAAAGAGGAGCCCAGAACGCCAUCAUAUUGGACACACUUCAAGAAUAAUAAAACCAUAAAAGAAUGGAAUACUACCCAAAAGGGCAAUCCGUACAAAGUUUCGAGCGUUGACCAAAAAACGUAUAAAUCAAUUUCUAGAGCAUUUAGCAAUACUGGAGGGUCCACGAUAGUUCGAAUCGAAAGAAUAGAGAAUAUAUUACUCUUUGAGCAGUACAUGCAAGAGUGUCAAAGAACGUUCCGUAAGGCGUAUGUUACCAAUAAAUGCACACCGCUCAAAGAUGUACAACAAUCGACUGGUAUUGCAGUUACUAUGACGCACAUUGAUAAAGAAAUGACCGAGCAUUUACACGACGAAAUUAAUGAAUUUUAUUUGUUUCAUGGUACAAAAGUUGCAGUAGUUGAUGUUAUCACACAACAGGGUCUUGAUAGUAGGCUUGCUUCAUCGGGACUGUUGGGGACAGGAGUGUAUGCUGCAGAUAUGGCAGACAAAUCGGCUGGUUAUACAGAUCAAAAUCAAAACGGAGAGAGCAAGAUGUUUCUAAUGAGAGUUUGCUUAGGUGACAUUUUCAUUACAAAAAACACUAAAUCGUUUAAAAGACCUCCUUGCAAAAUGUGCAGCAAUGAUUUGUGUACAACACAUUCUGAACUCUUUGAUUCCGUAGUUGCAGAAUUCAAUAGAAGGGAAUUCGUCGUGUAUGAUAGCAGUAAAUGUUACCCGGAAUAUAUCAUAACGUAUAAAUGACAGUUUUUUUAGGAAAUUUUAAUUCCAUUUUUUCUGUUGCAAAUCAUAAUUAUUUACAUUGAAUGUCUUUGAUUCUAUCGUUUGUUCAUUAAUGUCGGUAACUACAACACUCUUGCAAAGAAUAAAGUUCAGGCAAUUGCAUUAUGUGAAUGUUAUUGAUAUUGAAAGUAUAUUUUCUGCCUGAUAUAUUCAAAUGAAAUGUUGAUUUAUUAACUUGAGAAAAAAAUGUUUUAUUUAUAUACAUGUAUAUUGAACAGAUGUUUAUUGAAAUUGAAAUAUAAAUGUGUCAGCAUGGUAUAUUCAAAUGAAAUGCUAAUUAAUUUAUGAAAAAAAUGGUUUUAUUUAUGUAUAUAUUCAAGAUUUUUCUUAAAACUGAUAUAUAAAUGUAUGUUUGCAUAUAUCAUGUGAAUAAAAAAAAGUAUGUUCAUAAAGUUUCUAAAGAACAUAUUGCAUAAAAAGGAUGCAUAUCAGUUAUUAACAGGUAUAUUGUUCAGUACAACAAACUACACCAAUUAAGUACUUACAACAGACCCCUCUGCGAAAAAUAAACCCGUACCAAUCGAUACCUGUUAUGGCUGACUAUACGGUAUGAGUGUUGCUCAUUGUUAAAGACUAAGAGUCAAUAAAUACCAUGUGCAAAUUGUAUAUAUAUCUAAAUUUAUAAUUCGCAAAAAGUACAUUUUACAUCAAAUAAUUAAAGCUCGUAAUAUUUGCAAUUCAUUAGUAGUAGAGAUAUAGAAAGAGUAGACUGGCGAAUUUGGCAUAAUGUUACAAUUUGACACACAGAUGCUAAGAAAUAAUAAAUAGUAUAAGAUAUCACAUCCCUAUUUUUAUCGUGAUGUUUGUUUUACAGAUAGGAAAUUAAGAUACGAUCCAUACAAACUUAUUUUUGAAUAAAGUCAUUCUUAAAGGU